ACAAUCUGCUAGGUUAACUGUUAUCUCUCUCUCUCUACAGAGCUUCAACAAUGGCGGCCAAGAAGACACUCCGUAACCCAGAGCUAAUACGUGGCGUGGGAAUGUUCUCACGUUCCAAAAUGUACCACAAAAAGGGUUUAUGGGCAAUCAAGAAGAAAAACGGUGGAAAAUUCCCUCAACACCAGAAAAAAACAAUCUCAAUUCCACAAACUGAGAAACUCCCAAAAUUCUAUCCAGCUGAUGACGUGAAAAAACCCCUUGUAAACAAACACAAACCAAAACCCACAAAGCUAAGAGCAAGUCUUACUCCAGGGACAGUGUUGAUUAUCCUUGCUGGAAGAUUUAAGGGGAAAAGAGUUGUGUUCUUGAAACAGCUUUUUUCUGGGUUGCUUCUUGUUACUGGACCUUUUAAGCUUAAUGGGGUUCCUUUAAGACGUGUUAAUCAAGCUUAUGUUAUUGCUACUUCAACGAAAGUUGAUGUAAAUGGUGUGAAUGUUGAGAAGAUUGAUGAUAAGUAUUUUGCUAAAGAAGCUGAGAAGAAGCAGAAGAAGGGUGAAGGGGAGUUUUUUGAAGAGAAGAAAGAGGAGAAGAAUGUGCUUCCACAGGAAAAGAAAGAUGACCAGAAAGCCGUAGAUGCAUCAUUGGUCAAGGCCAUUGAGGCUGUUCCUGAUUUGAAGGAUUAUUUGUCUGCAAGGUUCUCACUCAAGUCAGGCAUGAAAGUGCAUGAGCUAGUUUUUUAGGCUAACUAAUUCUACAGUACUCUUGUUUGUUGAAUUGAUCUUGUUAUCUCUGUCUGUGUUCUUACUAAAGAUUUUGUUGAUGAGAAUCAUCUUAAAUUAUAGUAUGCAAUAUGAGAUUUUCCCUGUCGGAA